AUAUUAUGAGGCUUCAGUUGAUGAGCUUAAAAAAUAUGUAGAAAGUGUUGAAGAUAAAGAAAGCUUGCUUCCUGCAAUAUUGGAAAUUUGUAAUAUUAAAAAUUCCGAAGAAGAGCUAAAAAAGCAAAUAGAUGAAGCAUUAAAAGAUCCCCUAAACCAAAUUAAUCAAUUAAUUGAGCUUAUUAAAAAAAAUCAGAAUGCUGAAUUAUCUUAA